AUGUCCCCACUUUCAAGAUUCCUCCAUAUCACCAACCCACAAUAUGCGACAACUACUAGUAGUCUACCGCAGUUGCUAACAGACGAGAUAGAUGCUGCGCCAUUGUCCAGCUCUAGCAUACCCGCCCCCGGUCCAUCGUCUAGCACCAGCAAACUACUUGAUGCUGGUGAUAGCAUCCACCCUUUGAUUCCUCGCUCAGCUCAACUCAACUCUUUCUACAAUCCACCGGUUCCUCAAUUGCUAGCAGAGUCGUCACAGCAUCCUGAGAGAUAUCGGCGCCCUCGAACCUCUGUCACACCGUAUUUCAUACCUGAGUCCAGAGUAUUUCGGCCACCUGAGCCAACAACUACAACAGUUGCCCUUGUUACCAUGCAACCUGCGAUGGCCCCUACCAUGGCCCCUACCAUCUCACAGUCCAUGCCUGCGAUGACCCCUACCACCUCACAGUCGAUGCCUAUCACUAUUCCCGCUGCCACCACCUCACAAUCCAUGUCUACCACUAUUCCUACUGCUGUGCAGCCAACUGCGCCAGCUCCUGUCGUCAUUAAUGUCAGGCCUGAUGUCAGGAAACAGAUUGUAGAUCGCGCAAAAAGAAGAAUCGUGAGAUUCAUCUUGACGACGUCUGCAAUGGCUGGUACUGAUGACGAGAGGGCGAGGCUUGUUUCUCUCGCAAUUUCAGAGGCGACAUCCAUGCCGGGUAUGAAUGUUACAAUCAGAACGACAAGUAGUCAACGUCAGCAGGUGAUGGUUGCAUGGAAUAACACUUUUCGGAAGCUAUUGGUCAUGUCGAAUUUCAGGGGCCGUGUCAUAGCCACAUUGAUUAACAAUAAUCAUAACCCGUUAGCCUUUAUGCAUAAGUUUACGGUUGACGCAGACGGGAACCUCACCAUACUUCAAGGGGUUCUUGAUAAUCCCCUGAUAUUUCAUGUUGUCGUGCAUUUGAUAUGGUGCAGUGACCUCGGCAUUUCAGAAUUCCUCUCCGCCACAAUGUCACACCAACUCCAACAACUUGACUAUGCCAUCGCUGCUGUUGGAGCAGUUGUGAAGUUAGCGCUGCGGGAACAGAUUCCCCAUCCACCGGUUAUCCUGCCAUUCACGCAGCUUGAAGGGAGUGAGACUUUCAACACUAUUGUGCGCUAUAUUGGUGACCUGGACAGUGUCCAGAAAAUCAUACUCGACCAUCAGAAAUCUCACAUGCUUAAUGUUGGGAACUCGCAGGUCCUGUCGACCAAUGUAUUAGCUCAACUUGACAUGAUGAUGGCUGGGGUACAGUAG